GUGGUGCGGGCAGGAAGAGCCYAGCACGGCACGGCAGGAAGCCAGGAUGGGAGCACAGAGCCUGGCAGUGGCAUGUGGGGCACUGGCCUUGUGCCUGGCACUCACCRCAGCCACCAACCCYGGCUUCGURGUGAGGAUCACCCAGGCAGGCUUGGACUACGCCCAUGAGCAGGGCAUCACGAUCCUGGAGAAGGAGCUGGCCCGGCUGAAGCUGCCAGACAUCUCGGGUGACUCUCGUGUCAUGCACGUGGGGAAGGUGCGCUAUGAGCUCUCCAGACUGCGCCUUCGUGAUUUCCACUUGCCGCACUCCCGGAUAACCCCAAUCUCCAAUGUGGGCCUGCAGGUCUCCAUCUCCAAUGCCUUUGCUGAGCUGGAUGGGGACUGGCGGGUGAAGUUUCUCUUCAUCCGGGACCAUGGCUCGUUUGACGUGAAGGUGGAAAAUGUCUACAUCAAAAUCAGCCUGAGGCUGGGCAGUGACACCGCUGGAAAGCCCACCAUCAGCACCUCAGACUGCAGCACUCGCAUCUCCAAUGUCCGGGUGCUCUUUUCGGGCAAGUUUGUGUGGCUUUACAACCUCUUCCACAGCGCUAUUGAGUCCAGGUUCCGAAAGAUUUUGGAGACCAAGGUCUGUGACCUUGUGACCAAGUCUGUGCACAACGAGCUCCAGGAGUACAUCCAGACCCUGCCAGGUACUGAGGGGCUGCACGUGAAACUUCAGAAGCGGUUCUUCCUAGCUGUUCCUGGCCUCACGGCCAGGUUAGAUGCCAAGACUGGGAUCGAUUACUCCUUGGUGGCACCCCCAAGAGCUACUGCCCAGUCCCUGGACGCAGACCUGAAGGGUGAAUUCUACUCCCUGGCCCACCGCUCCACCGUCCCCUUCUCACCACUGCCACUGGCCUUCCCCUCGGAUCACGACCGCAUGGUUUACUUUGGAGCCUCCAGCUUCUUCUUCAACACUGCCAGCCUUGCCUACCACAAGGCCGGGGCACUGGUCUUUGAAAUCACAGAUGCCCAGAUCCCAAAGGGUGCUGACUUGCACUUGAACACCUCCAUGUUCUCAGCCUUCAUUCCCCAGCUGGAGGAGAUGUACCCAAACAUGCCAAUGAAGUUCAGGCUGUCCACUCCCACUGCUCCGUUCCUGACUAUCGGACCAGGAGGAAUCUCACUCAGGCCCAUUGUGGAUGUCCAGGCUUAUGCCAUCCUUCCCAACUCCAGCCUGGCUCCUCUCUUCCUCCUCAGCCUGACAGGGAAYGUGUCCGCUGUCAUCAAUGUGAGAUCUGGCCACAUCGUUGGGAGCCUGGACGUGGGCAGGAUCAGGCUCUCUCUGAAGGAUUCAGCUGUUGGCUCUUUCCAGGUGCGAACGAUGCAGUCCUUAAUGAACAUUUUGGCUGCCAAUGUCCUGCUCCCUCGUCUCAAUGCCCGGUUAGAUGAGGGUUUCCCUCUGCCMCUUCUGGACAGGAUUCAGCUCUCCAAUGUCCUCGUGAGGUUCCACCAGAAUUUCCUGCUGCUUGGAGCAGACGUUCACUUCCAGCCSAAGGAUGGAAAUAAGGCGAGGAGAGCCGUUCAGCACUGAAAAUGCUCCCUUCACCCUUCCCUGCCCCUGAUCCCACUGCCAGAGCCAAAGACCACCGGUCCUGCUGCUGUCCUGCACUGCUGCCUUGGCCCAGACCUCCAUCCCCACACUGGGACCUCACCUGGUGCUACCAAGAGCUGGGGGUCCCCUGCCCCGAGCCACCCAUCCCCUCCUCCCUCUGAGCAGCAAUAAAGGCGCUGGUGC